UGCUGUCACAAAACGAUCAUUCCCUAUCGGCGGCGUCACACUUCAGGAAAUGCUGCUGCGCUGCUGUGUAGUUAGGCAAUACACUACGUUUUUAUAAAUGUAUGUGACAAUCGUUGCUGUCGUUUAAGAAUAAUAAAUAAGCAAGUGCCCGCUGUUUAAGAUGUUUCAAAGGAGUGAAAACAUUAAGUAUAUACUGAGUCUUAUGCCGGGUAAACGCCGUCUCGGAACCUACAGAUUCCUGCCGGUAUUUUUCUGCAUAGGCGGUGUUAUGGAAUGGAUCAUGAUAAACGUGAGGAUAGGAAGGGAGACAUUCUAUGAUGUCUACAGAAGAAAACAGUCAGAAAGAUCAUACCAGCAGAAGAUCGCUGAUGGCCUGAUUGAAGUCAAAUAAAUGUUGGACGUUGGAACUACCGGUUUUAACAAAAACUGGACUCUGGGCUAUGAAUGCUUGUUUACAUCAAGGUGAACUUAAUUGAGUAAAGAUGCAUGUCAUUCUUGCACAUGCAAUGCUGUCUGAAGAUCCAACGGUAGCUAUUAAUAUUCCACAAUAAUUUGUUUAGUUCACAAGCUGAAAGUCUAUGAUGAUAUAAGUGUGAAAAAGGAAACAAAGAAAUGUAACAUAUACCUAUAAACAAUGUUAAGAGAAAAAAUAAGCGGAGUACAAUUUAUAAAAAGAUUUGGAGGACUGAUGAAUUUAUCUCUCCAUUUCACAAAGGGACAUAUUUCUGCUUAAUAAUGCUGAUCACCUACACCUGCAGGGUUUACAGCUAAUUCCCAAAAUCAUGCGUUGGUUAUCUAAAACUUUAGUGGUAAUGUCCAGUUGGAAGAUUCCGCAGACAGAUGAAGCUAUUUGGGUGCUGAGCUAAGACAAGUGGGUUGCCAUCCAGUCUCACCUCUUCCAUGGUGCUUCGGAUGUACUGAGUUGUGUUGCCUUUGCAAAAUGUCUGAUCAGUAAUUGUAUUGAUGUUGUUGUUCUGAAGCAGGAGAGAAAAUAAACACAUUACUAUGUCACAAACAAAGAC